UCGAAGUAUUAUGGCACAGAGGGGGCCCAUGUAGGCAUGCUGCAAGCACCUGGCAGCCCCCUGCCUCCGAAGCUCAGGGAGAUGCAGUCGUUCUUCGGUCUCAGGGUCACGGGGAGGCUUGACCACAGCACAAUGGAGGUGAUGCAGGCUGCUCGCUGUGGAGUCCCUGACAUGGAAAACUACCGCCUCUUUCCUGGGACCCCCAAAUGGAGACACCAUAAACUAACAUACAGAAUAGUAAAGUAUACGUCUCAUCUGAGCCACGCUGAGGUGGACCGUGCGGUGGAGAUGGCUCUGAGCGCGUGGAGCAGUGUCACUUCACUCAACUUUCAAAAGACCUACAGCGGAGAGGCAGAUAUCAGGAUCUCCUUUGAACUGGGAGCUCAUGGUGACGCCUACCCGUUCGAUGGUCCAAGGGGCACACUGGCACACGCUUUUGCCCCUGCAGAAGGUCUAGGUGGAGAUACCCACUUCGAUGAAGAUGAAUCCUGGACCAUGGGAACCAGUGGUUUCAACUUGUUCACGGUAGCUGCUCAUGAGUUAGGGCAUGCCCUGGGCCUCGCGCACUCCAGAGAGCCCUCGGCCUUGAUGUACCCCACUUACAAAUAUCAGAACCCCAAGGGCUUCAAGCUGCCCACAGACGACGUGCGGGGCAUUCAGUCUUUGUACGGUGACGCCACAACGAAGGUGCCUGAGAACCCUGACCCCCCAGCUGCCAUCCCUCCACAGCCUCCAGCGCCUCCUGUCCACACCCCCCAUACCUGUGACCCCAGCUUGUCUUUUGACGCUGUCACGGUUGUGGGGAAAGAAUUGCUCUUCUUUAAAGAUGGCUUGCUCUGGCGUAGACAGUCCCAGCUGAAUGACGUCAGGCCGGGCUACCUCAGAAGCUCCUUUCCAUAUCUUCUGACAAGUGUGGAUGCAGCUUAUGAUGUCCCAGAGAAAGGAACUGCCUAUCUAUUUAAAGGCUCUCAAUACUGGACCGCAAGAGGAUUUCAGAUGACAGGAAGCCCAAGAUCAAUCUCUGAUUUUGGACUACCAAGCCGCGUGAGGCAUGUGGAUGCAGCGGUUUAUCUGAAGGACAUUAGAAAGACCCUUUUAUUUGUAGAUAGUGAGUUCUACAGUUUCAAUGAAGCCAAACGAAAGAUGGAUGAAGGCUAUCCUAAAAACAUUGAGGAAGAGUUUUCAGGAAUCGGUGGUAAAGUAAAUGCUGCAGUUGAAGUAAACGGGUUCCUUUACCUGUUUUCUGGAUCCAAUGCUUACAAGUAUGACAGCGAACGAGAUGAAGUUAUACGAGUUGUAAAAGCCAACUCCUGGCUCGGAUGCUAACUUUAAAUUCCAAUGCAAUUCCCAUAUUAAAUGGGCAGUGGAUGGACAUGUUAAUUUACUUUUCUAAAUGAAGAAAAGAACAAGACAGAAACAUUACAAGCAAGUGUUGUUAACGUUUUGUGAAAUGCAUUUUUUUUGUAUUACAUGUUUUAUAUUGAAUGAGAAAAGCCUUUGUUUGUUUUCAGGAACAGUUUGUAACUAACACAGUCCAGUUACCCAUGUUGUCAUGCUUGUCUGUGGAAUGAACGCUGCUCUUCUGCAUUUUGCAAACCUUAAUAGAAAAGAAAAAAUAAUGCAGUGGACAGUUUGGUUUAGUUUUUGCAAUGGUUUCUAGUUCAUCUGUUAGUUAACAGUCA